UUGUAUUGGAAUUGUCAAACAUCUGUUUUUCUCAUCAGUCUCUAGCUCUAAGUGAUUAUGUUAUCCUCUUUUGAUCUGCAUUUUGUCUUUAGUGUUUUUUGCGUUACUUCAAUACGCUUAAGAAAGAAUGGGUAGUGAAAAUUAAGAAGAGUGACCUGCGCCAGGUACUCCAAAAAAUAAAUUAGCCAAAAGAGGAGAGCUUUCUACAACACAGGUCAUAGAGGAACAAACACAGAGAAGUAUCGUCCCGAUCGGGAAAAAUUUGAUUUCCGGCCCGGUAAAAACCAAUUUAAAGCCAGGUGGAUUGUUUGUGACGUCGAAAUGUUUUCAGAAUAUGGAGUUUUAAAGUUACACUCUUCAAGGCAAAGGCAGCCACUCAUUUUAAAUAAAAACUUUUCACUUUUAUGUUGUACGAUCUUUUCAUUUCAAAAUUUCCUUGAUGUACGAUUUUUUUGUAGUUGGUGUACGAUCAUGCGUUUUUUUCACCUGGCAGCCCUGGUCGAUGCCGGAUUAAUUCCUCGUGUUGUUAUGGCUCUUGGUGGUGAAGUGAAUAACGACAAUGCUUCGAGACUAGCCUCUCAUAAAGUGAAAAAAUGUCCAGUUAAUAACAAAGUGAACGGUAAAAGUGCGGCCGAGAAUGUGAACAAAGAUAAAUCUGAAAAGCAGUCAACAAAAAUGACCAAGGAGUCAAGCACGAAGGCUGUAUGCAGUAAUGGUCACGCCAACACGCCGAAUGGUCGUGCCGAUGAUGAGGGAGGUGGAGUUGCGACCCCACGCGUGUCCUACGCCGCCGCCACUAAGAAAGCCCUGUCACCUACUUCCAGUAAUGCGCCUUUACAAUUCCCGAAUAAUGAAGAAUGCCAGAAAUCUAAAAACAAGAACGAGAAAUCAACACAUGGAGAUUCCCAUGAUGCGACAAAAGUCAAUGGCGAGAAGACAAUAUCAAAUGAUAAUAUUUGUAAAAAAGAUAAAUUAGGUACCAAAGAACCAAUAACAAAUGGAACCAACACGACACAUGUCAAUGGUGAUCCACAAAAUAAUCCACAUUGUGAUAUUAGCAAUAAUAAUACUAAAAUAGUUUCUAAUGGUAUUUCUAACAGUGAUUUGGAUGAAACUAAUUCUAGUAAGUCGAAAGAAAAUAUUAUAUCGGAUGUAGUGCUAAACAAUUCAGAAAAUGGUAUUAAAAAAGAAGUCGAUAGCGCACUCGAAAAUUCGGGAAAUGAAUCAUCUGAAAAAUGUGGAAAUGACAAAAAAGAUAAAGAGGUAAAAGCGGAUACAGAUAAAGCCAACGGUGAAGCGCAAAAAGUGGUUAACGGUGAAAAGGAAAGGGAAUCGUCACCAAGUGAAGAUGGCGACGAGAAGAAAGGAGAUGCAGAGGUGGUGUUUAUUCAAGAUAUGGGAUUCACUGUCAAAAUUAUGAGCCCUGGCGCUGAACCGCUUGAUAUUCAGGUGUCAAGUAUGGAGCUGGUGCAAGAAAUCCAUCAAGUCCUAAUGGAUCGUGAAGAUACGUGCCAUCGCACCUGCUUUUCGCUUCAAUUAGAUGGCGUCACAUUGGAUAAUUUCGCUGAAUUGAAAAAUAUUGAAGGCUUGAAGGAUGGUUCUGUUAUUAAGGUCGUGGAAGAACCAUAUACAAUGCGCGAGGCUCGAAUCCACGUUCGCCACGUGAGAGAUCUAUUGAAGUCAAUAGACUAUGUGGAUUCUUAUGCUGGCCAGGAAUGCAGUUCUUUGGCAUUUUUAAAUGUUGUCACUCAGGGAGAUAUUUUAGAAAAGAAAAAAUCUCGACCUGAAAGUGUGGACUGUACGCCUCCAGACUAUAUAAUGCCAGGUUCGACCGAGAGGCCUUUGCUGCCCUUGCAUCCCGGACUCAACAAGGAAAACAAAGCCCCGCAGUGCCUUAAGGUUCUGACAACGUCAGGAUGGAAUCCCCCUCCCGGUCCUCGGAAGAUGUGUGGAGAUCUGCUUUAUCUCCAUGUGAUGACUCUCGAGGACAGGCAGUUCCACAUCACAGCCUGUCCCAGGGGAUUCUACUUAAACCAAUCCACCGAAGAAGUGUUCAACCCGCGUCCGUCCACGCCGUCCCUGCUGUGUCACUCGCUCAUAGAGCUGCUGAACAUCGUGUCUCCGGCGUUCAAGAGGAACUUCGCCCUCGUCCAGAAGAAGCGUAUGCAAAAGCACCCGUUCGAGAGAGUGGCCACGCCCUAUCAAGUGUACCAAUGGGCGUCGCCCAUGCUCGACCACACCGUUGAUGCCAUCCGUGCCGAGGAUACGUUCUCUUCUAAACUGGGAUACGAAGAGCACAUCCCGGGGCAGACUCGCGAUUGGAACGAAGAGCUGCAAACCACACGCGAAUUGCCUCGCGCCACUCUUCCCGAGAGAUUACUUCGCGAACGGGCCAUUUUCAAGGUGCAUAGCGACUUCGUAGCUGCAGCCACUCGAGGGGCGAUGGCGGUGGUGGACGGUAACGUGAUGGCCAUCAACCCGGGGGAAGAGCCGAAGAUGCAAAUGUUCAUAUGGAACAAUAUAUUCUUCUCUCUCGGAUUCGACGUCCGUGACCAUUACAAGGACCUCGGAGGAGACGCAGCCGCCUUUGUUGCGCCGCGCAAUGACCUGCAAGGGGUCCGCGUGUACAGCGCCGUGGACACCAACGGCCUCCACACGCUGGGCACCGUCGUGGUGGACUACCGAGGCUACAGGGUGACGGCGCAGUCCAUCAUUCCCGGUAUUCUGGAGAAGGAGCAAGAGCAGAGUGUUGUCUAUGGCAGCAUCGACUUCGGGACGACGGUCUUGUCGCACCCGAAGUAUAUGGAAUUGCUGAGCAAAGCCGGCCAGCAGUUGAAGAUCAUGCCGCACUCGGUGAUCAGCGCCAACGGCGACACGGUGGAACUCUGCUCGAGCGUGGAGUGCAAGGGCAUCAUCGGGAACGACGGACGACAUUACAUCCUCGACUUGCUGAGGACGUUCCCGCCGGACGUCAAUUUCCUGCAGUUGGACGAUGACGAACUGAGAGAGGACAUCAAGUCCAUGGGCUUCCCGAUCAUUCACAAGCACAAACUGUGUUGCCUCCGACAGGAGUUAGUCGAUAGUUUUGUCGAGGCUCGUUACUUUAUGUUCAUUCGUUACGCCGCGUUUCACUUGCAACAGCUGAGUGCGAAACGCAAAGCGACCGAACAGAAGUCGAUCGAAGCUAACGCUGAUAAGAAAGAGAAUGAGACUGAGAAAAAAGACGGCAAGGGCCAAGAGAAGGAGAAGAAAAAGGAUAAGAAGAAGAAAGAGGAAAAGGUAGAGAAGGCAGAGAAGGAGGAGAAGGAAACGGAGAAUAGUGAAGAGUUGCUGGAUGAGACAUUGUCGGAGAUCGAUACAGAUGUCGCGAAGAAGAUUGUCGAAAGUAUUACCGAUUCAUUUUCGGGUGGGGACAAACAGGAGAGUGACUCCGGUGAAAGAUCCCGGGCGGUGGUGGCGGCGGCUGCCCGCGCCGUGGCUUCACUCAAGGAAUCCGAGUUCGACGUUCGGUUCAACCCCGAUGUGUAUUCCGCGGGAAUCAAACACGCGGCUACGCCCGAACUGCUCGCUAAGCAGCGACAUCUGGUCAAGGAGGCUGCGGCUUUCCUGCUCACUACUCAGAUACCGGCAUUCGUGCGCGAGUGUCUGGAGCACUCCUCGGCCCCCAUGGACGGAGCGGGGCUGACGGAAGCCCUCCACGCCCGCGGCAUCAACGUGCGCUACUUGGGCCGAGUGACGAUGGCGCUUCGCCCCCACGCCUCGCUCGCCUACCUGCACUCCAUCGCCCUCGCCGAGCUCAUCCUGCGCGCCGCCAAGCACAUUUACACCACGUACCUGCAGGACUGCGAGGCAAUGUCGACGGGCGCGUGCGUGGCGCACUUCCUGAACUGCCUCGUGGGCGGCUGCCCCAGCCCCGCGCUGUCGCCCCCCGACUGCCCCUGCCCCCGCUCCACCCGCCCGCGGCGCCGCGCCCGCCACCGCCACCGCGCCGCCACGCCCUCGCCGGCGCCGCACUGGCACGCCCUCACGCCCGCGCACCUCUUCGCGCAGAUCCAGCAGGAGCUCAAGGCCUACUGGGGUUUCGAAUUAACCGCUGAAAGCAUGGACGCGGUCAUACAGAAAUAUGGAUUCCAAAAAAUAUCACUCCUCAGGUCGUUCGCCCUCAAAGUGGGACUCCAGAUAAUGCUCAAGGAAUACGACUUCGAUAACAGAAACAAGACGACCUUCACGUCGGCAGACAUCAUGAACAUAUUCCCGGUGGUGAAGCACAUCAACCCUAGGGCCUCGGACGCGUACAACUUCUACACCACCGGGCAGAACAAGAUCCAAGCCGGAGCCGUCUCCGAGGGCCACGAGCUGAUCGCCGAAGCCCUGAACCUGCUCAACAACGUGUACGGGGCCAUGCACGGGGAGAUUGCGCAAUGCCUUCGUAUGGUCGCCAGACUCUGCUACGUCACCGGCGAACACAGGGACGCCAUGGCCUAUCAGCAGAAGGCCGUCUUGAUGUCGGAGCGGGUCAACGGGAUCGAUCACCCUUACACCAUCACCGAAUAUUCCCACCUGGCCCUAUAUUGCUUCGCGAACGGGCAAGUGAGCACCGCCCUGAAGUUGCUCUACCGAGCUCGCUAUUUGGCCCUGCUCAUCUGCGGAGAGAACCACCCGGAGAUGGCGCUGCUCGAUAGCAACAUCGCCCUAAUCCUGCACGCGGUGGGCGAGUACGAGCUCUCGCUGCGCUUCGCGGAACGUGCGCUGCGGGUGACGAACGCGACGCACGGCGCCAAGUCCCUCAAAGCGGCCGUCGCCCGACAUCUCGUGGCUCGCACGCUCUCGUGCUUGGCCGACUUCAGGGCCGCGCUCGCGCACGAGAAGGAGACCUACACCAUUUACAAGACUCUGCUGGGCGAGAAGCACGAGAAGACGCGCGAGUCGUCCGAGUGCCUGCGCCACCUCACGCAGCAGGCCGUGGUCGUGCAGAAGCGCCUGGCGGAGCUCAAGCCGCUUCAGCACUCCCACCCGCAUCCUCCGCCCCUGCACGUGCAGCCCCCGGCCAUGGCCUCCGUCAUCGACAUGCUCAACCUCAUCAACGGCAUCCUCUUCGUGCAGAUCAGCCCUCAAGAAAUCGAGCAGUUCAAGGCAGAGAUAGAGAAGAGGCAGCUGAAGGACCUGCCCAUUCCGGGCCUCGACGAGCUCGCCGACGCGACUCCGGAGGCGAAGGCGUCCGACAGUUGAAUCGCCUUUCGUAGCAAUAACUCGGCUCGGUGAGAACCCCUGCGUCUGUUUAAUCCAUUUUAUUUGUGGCGACUCAAAAUCUUAUUCGUGAUAAGGUCGUGAUUGACUAUUUUUAAACCACAAUUUGUGGAUACAAAACUCACGUAUACGUUUUAUCAUAACGUAAACACAAUUUGAUAGUGCUUUAGUUGAAAGACUGCAGUCGAUUCAGCUUUUUAAAUAUGAAUGGCAAGUUUGAGGGUAUUUCGCUAAUGAAAAUCUUGAUAAUCCGGCAAUUUCGGUUUAAACGUAAAGGAACGUGUUCGUUCCCGAUGCUAUGUAGAAAUCCGAGUUGAGUUACUGUUGACGAUGUGGGAUAGCGGUGGACUCUGCGAUUAGUGUGGUUCACAGUUAAUUUUAACUCUAUAUUUUAUAUUGCUUUGAGGCUCGAAUUGUUGCAUCCCGGGCGAGUGUCGGGACGAGAUUCAUCGACUUCACGACUACCGCGAUUGUUGAAAAUUGCACUUUGGACAUGAAAAUGUCCUAUUUUAAGCGACAUGCGUUUCGUUCAAUCGAUUGAAAUCAUCAGUGUGCAAUAUUUAUUUUGUUUAUUCGAUGAAACUUGUAAUUUCACGUUUGAUAGGGAUUGUGAGGGAACGACUGUUUUUUUAAUAUGCGGUGUGAAUGCGAAAGUAUGGCUCAUGGAUGGUGAUUGUUAUCAGUAUUCGCAUGCAGGCUUUUGAAAAUACUGUAGACUCAAUGUGACGAUCUGAAAAACAUAUUUUUGUAAUUCAAAAUAAACGCCCUUCUCGAUUGAGUUAUAUUUUUAAUGAAUUUUGGCCAAAGAUCGAUCGAUUCCCGUAUUUACGAACAGUGUGAGGCAAUCGAACAGAGAUGAAUUCGAGUCCUCGAGCGCAAGCAAUUGACGAUAUUGUUCCUUAUUAUCUAUGAAUGUAUGCCGUAGUGAAUAGUGUGCUAAGGUUUGAUGUAGAUUUUUUUGUUAGACAAAUUUUGAGAAAAUUAAUUUGAUCAAAUAUAAUUAAGUGUUAUUUUGUAAAUCGCAUUGUGCAAUAGUGUCGACGCACGAGCGUUAGAUUCGGUCUGUUCGGCAAUAGCCUCCUCGCAGUCACUGACACACAGUAGUGCAAUUUUCUGUAGUGAUAAUAGCAAUAAGUUUCGGUUGUGAUCCCGAGAAAGUGCGCGUCGCUGUAACGCUACCCGGUACUGGUGCUACUGCCAAAAUAUCACACGUCCGAGGGCGCGUGGCCGCGUCCUACCCUCUUUUUGCGAUAACAUUGCUUUUAUAUUCAUCGUUGCCACUUUGUUUACCUCACCUAUUUGAUGGGAAACCAAAAUUUACAGCAAAAAUUACUAUUACGGUAAACUUAAAAUUGAUGCCAUCAAGUAAGUCAGCUCAUAGCUUAAUGUAGGGUAGUGUUGCGGCCACGAACUUGGAUCAUUACAUAUAAUUAAUAAAUUGUUAUCACCGAGCGAUGGUAUUUGUUUUUUUGGGGAAGUGUGGAUGCCGAUAGUUGGUAGAGAAUCGAUUAUAUUGUAAUUGAAAUGUAACCGAUGAAAGUUUUGUCGCCGAGUGGGGUGAUCACGCGGCGAGCACCAAACAAAUACUGCCUUAACAAUUCGUUUAGUUCCGAUAUUAGCGUAGUUAGUGCCAUACGUGUAGUGAGAAUAAGUUUUUUAUUAAUAUUUCUGUUAGUCUGUGAUAUGGUGUAAUCGUCGAGUGACUCGCCUUAACGAAGCGAUGGAGCUUUUCGCUCGUGAUUGAUACGCUUUACUACGUUAAAUUAAUCGAUUAAAGGUCUAUAAUAUGUAUUCGUGUGCUGUGACAAAUAUAAUGUAUCACAACAAUAUGUAGAAUUUUAAUGAAUUUCAUGCUUCGUGUGUGCAGCACAAAACUGGUCAUCAAUUAAACGAAAUGGUUUGUUUUAUAUUAAUUUUAAUUUGUUAUACACAAAUGGUUGUUAUUUUAUAAUAUAUUUGUUUCUCUUGCGUUUGAGACUCUGCCAACUGCGUUGUGUAAUUCUUGUCGUAACGGAGGAAGGUUCGAAGCUAUAGCGAUGCGCAUCGUGUGGUGUCCGCAGUUGAGUGGUCUUAGAUUAGCUGGUUCCGAAGAUAGGUGUAAGGAGUUGUCGUUACGUGCCUAAACUUACAAUAAUCUUGUUGUUGUUACAUUUCUUUAACAAUAUGACGAUCAUGUAAAUACGAACAACGCUGUUCGUACUCAAUAAAAUUCGUUUUUAAAUUAA